AUGGUGGCACCUUUGCUCCUGCUAGGCAAACGACUUUGUCAUCAGCAAGAGCAACCACAACGAGAACGAUGGAUGAAGAAGGACGAGAAGCAAGGAGAUCAGGUAAAUCGGAGUGCUGACCCGAGGAACUGCCGCAAAGGCGCAAUUUCAGCAGCUGAGGAAGCGAAGAAACGAGCUCGUCAUGCCUGCCAUUUGUCUGAGAUCGCUAACCCCGCGAAUGUGUUCGGCUAUAUGCGAGGGUUUGAUAGCAGGCAAUUCUCAGGUGGACCAGGAUAA